AUGACCAUAAUAGUCUUUUUGAUCGACACGUCGGCCUCCAUGAAUCAGAGGGCAUAUUUGGGCGGACGGCCCACGCUCUUGGACGUAGCCAAGAGCGCCGUGGAGACUUUCGUGAAGGUACGACAGAGAUCGCCGGAGAGCCGCGGGGAUCGUUACAUGCUCCUGACCUCCGAAGAGCCACCUCAGAACAUCAAGGCAGGAUGGAAGGAAAACUUGGCAACUUUUAUGAAUGAACUUAAGAAUUUACAAUGCAUCGGCUUAACAACAUUAGGUGCUGCUUUGAAGCAUGCCUUGGAUGUAUUGAAUAUAAAUCGCAUGCAAACCGGCAUAGAUACAUACGGCCAAGGAAGAUGUCCAUUUUACUUAGAACCAUCUGUUAUAGUUAUUAUAACAGAUGGAGGAAAGUACACAUCCAACGGUGUACCCCCAGUGCACCAAGACUUUACAUUACCCAUGCAUUCUCCAAUACCCGGAUCUGAAUUAACCAAGGAACCAUUCAGAUGGGACCAAAGAUUGUUUUCUUUAGUGUUACGUUUAUCAGGAACACCAGCCGUCGAACGAGAUAUAGGCUUGGUGGCGAGUGAUGCGUCACCGAUUGAUGCAAUGUGCGAAGUAACUGGAGGUCGUUCGUAUUGCAUCACGUCAUUCCGAAUGAUGAUACAGUGCAUAGAUUCGCUUGUGCAAAAAGUUCAAUCAGGCGUGGUGAUAAAUUUCGAGAAAAUCGGUCCUGAUCCCCCGCCGUUGACUAACGACGCGCCACAUCAGGAUGAAGAGGAGAAUGAAGACGAUGGUAACGCGGGACCGCGCGCUCAAUAUCCAAAUGCGCUAGCGCCAGGCAAUACGGCUUGGUAUUCCUGUAGACGUUUGAUUUAUGUACCACGAUCGGCGCAGAAAGGUUUCGCAGUCGGAUUCUGGCCGAUUCCCGAGAGCUUUUGGCCGGAUCUUAACGCCAGCUCGUUGCCGCCGAGAUCGGCGCAUCCAAAUGUAAAAUUCACAUGUACCAGCCAGGAACCGAUGGUAAUCGAGAAUCUACCAUUCGACAAAUACGAGUUGGAACCGAGUCCUCUAACUCAAUACAUCCUGGCGCGGAAGCAACCGACGACAUGCUGGCAAGUGUUUGUGGCCAAUUCGUAUAAAUCGAGCGAAGUUGGCCAUCCAUUCGGAUACUUGAAAGCGAGUACAAACUUAACUUGCGUAAAUCUCUUCGUUAUGCCUUAUAAUUAUCCUGUGCUGUUACCCCUGUUGGAGGAGCUCUUUAAGGUGCACAGGCAAAAACCGACUCCCGAAUGGAGAGCGCAGUUUCAGAGUUACGUGAGGACCAUGCCUACUUAUUAUGCCGUUUCGUUAAGGAGAGCUUUAACUAGAAUGGGUGCAUCCGCGCCUCUAGCACAAACAUUGUUACCGGAUACUAUGGAUACUUCUUUAUCAUAUAGCGUUUUAACUUAUUUGAAGCGACUCAAAAAUUUGGCGAAGCUAGAAUUCGAUCGACUUUGCAGCGAAGUCAUUUCUAAGCAGGUCGCCGUUUCGAAUCUUACGAAAAAUUUAUCCAACUGUACCACGAGUGCGGUGACGGAAGGAGUGAGAGUAAUACCGAGAACACCACUGAAGAAAGAUCUGGUGUCCCAUCCUUUAUUACAAGACAAAUUCACGGGUCUCCGCGAUCAACUGAACGAGUUUGGAGGUUUUGUAGUCGGAUUAGUGAAGAAUCAGCAGCAGCAACGUGGCGCGCACAGUUACAGGAAUGUUGACGUUCCGAGAAAGUCUCUACUCGAUCAAGUCAUGAGGAUGCGCGCGAAUUUUUUACAGCCUGGUUUACUGCACACGAAAUUGCUCGAUGACGACUACGUUCACUCGAUGCCUUUAGCCCAAAUGGGAAAUUAUCAAGAAUAUUUAAAACGUAUGACUCCACCGUUGAGGGAAAUCGAGAGUGUGCCAGUGAGACAACAUAUGUUUGGCAACCCGUUCAAGAUAGACAAGAGAAUGAUGGUAGACGAGGCGGAUAUUGAUAUAGUCGGCGCGACAUCCUCUACAUCGAAAAGCGGUCUCAAACGCACUCUACCACAAUCGGAUGGCCCGUCUUCCCCGAGACCGCCGCCUAACAAGAGAAAGCCUGGGCCCAUACCGAAAGAUGUGAUAGUACGACGGCCAUCAUACUCAUCGCCUAGCAACACUCCACCGAGUUCACCGAUUCCGUGGGUGAUGGAGGAUGCGAAGAAUCAAGCGACGGCGGUAACAGUUGCCGAUACGAGUACUCCACCGACUUUGACCAGUCUGCCCAAUGUAUCACCGUGUCACGUGUCAUCGGUACCGUGUUCGAGCGCCUCAGAAAAGUUGGUAAACGGACUCGCGGAAAUGCCGCCAGCCAUACCGGUAUUCGAACCAAUUCCGGUGGAGCAUGUUAACAAUCAUAUGGACACGCCGCCAGUUCUGACGCCAAUAGUUAACAAUAUCGACACGAUAUCAAUGUCAAAGGGUGAAGUUAAAAGUGAACGGACAGAUAACGUGAGGAAUGAGUGCCGAUUACCCGUUAACGAUUGUAUCGAAAAUAGUGCGCGAGUUGUUGAUAGUGGUAUAGAGGAGAGACUGUCUAAUCACGUGGAGGAGAAGCGAGAGUUGAAGCCUGAGAAAGAGAAAAAGUUAACAAAAAAGGAGUUGGAGGACAUCAGGCGGCACAAUUUGAAUAUUCGGGAACUCGUUUACAAGGAAGUGCGGAGAAGAGGAACAAAUUACGCAACGCUGUUUUCACAUCUACACCAAAUUCAGGGAACCCUAGAUAUUCGGCUUGCAUUUGUGAAAGACAUAGUGAAGGAAUCAUUACGCUUUAAACGACGUAAUCUAGCGUCGCUAUUAGAGGAGUAUCUUAAAACUAUUCAAGAGGACGGUUGCGCUAUAAAUUAUAAGUUGAAUCACAAUGGUGCCACGAAGAUAAGUUGUUAAGAUAUAUGCGUAAUUAGGGCAUUAUCUUAAUAAUAGUGGAGGAAGUAGAUUGUGAAAGAACUCUUGUGGGAAUUUUUGUCAGAGGUUUUAGUAGCGGUCUUGAACUUUCGGAAAUAAGGACUACUUUUGAUACUCACUGGAAAGACCUGCACAAUCUCGAAGUCUUAGCAAAUUUCAAUAGCAUUCUCAGUGUCAACCACUAAGUAAGCCAUGGCACUUUUACGAUUUACUUUUAAGCUUUGCGAGUGAUCAGUUGGUAGAAAUUUCGAGUGUGUUUUAUAAUAGGGGGCAUGGUUAUAAAUUAAAGCAAUAAUUUAUUCACAGAAUGUAACGACAAAAACGAUUUUAUGGAGCAAUAUUCUCUCAUGUAUACUCUUAAUAUUUCUCGAAUAAUAUUUCUCUAAUGAUCUUGUUUUAAAACUUGACCAUUUUAAAUCUUACUCUGUAAAGAAAUUCAAAAUUUUAUGUAUCUCGGAUGCUUGAAAAUAUUGUAUCAUACAAUCGCGCGUAACGUAAUAUAUAUACGUAUAGACUAUAUUCAUACAAUAUAUGUUGAAGUUUUUAUCCUUUAUACGAGUAUAUGCACGCGUUUCUAUAUCGUUACAUGUAAAUACGUUUACACAUUUUGUUUCAUCGUUUAUUAUAAUGUAUUUUUUCUCGGAAUUUUGCCGAUAUCUCACUUGGCACAUUUAUUACAAAUAUGUCUUGCAUGCUGGCAUACAAGACAAUAGUUGCAUAUAUGUGAGACGAAAUUAUAAGAAAAAUACAAUAUUGAUUCUUUGUAAAUGCGAGUCUGCACAUAUAAAGUUUAUUUGAAGUACAAGUGCAAUCAAACGAGCAUAAUUCUACCAGCUGCCCAGUCCUCAGCACUUAUGUCAAAUUUAGGACAAAAUAAUUGUAUUAACGCGUAUUACUCUUAUAAUUAUAUUUCCUAUUAUAUUUAAUCUAUCUAUAUACACAUCAUACACACACAUUUGUGAUCUACAUUAUUAAGUUUAAUAAAAUGCCAUAGUUUAACACUAUACCAAAUUUGUCUGUAAAUUUUGUUGUGUACUUUGUUAAUAUUAUAAAAGUAAAUUAAGAUCUGACUUUUUAUUGAUGACACAUAUGCAACAGGACAUUAUUUGCAAGAAUUGCACUUGUUCAUGAUUUUUCUUUAUAUAUAAAAGAUGAGAACAUAUCUUUUGUUAUACAAAAGAAAGAAAUUGUAGAGACCUUCAUUCCACUGUGAGAAAAUUUAUUAUGCGUUUUAUUAUAUAAUUAAUAGAAUUAGAAUAUUAAAAAAAAAAAUAGAAAUUUUUUGCUUUGUUGCAGUGGAUUUUUCUUCUUUCAUGAUACGAUAUUAGCUUUUAUAAUGCGAGACCUGUCGCAAAUAGACUUAUACCAAAUAACAUUUAAAUGAGGCAUUAAAUGCAAACUUGAAUUUAUUGUGAAAUCUUCUACGAAGGGUUGACAGUGCCUGAUGCUAUUUGAAAUUGACAUAAUGUAUUUAUAUUCAACCCACUAUGUCUCCAAAGCGUUUAAUAAUAUUUUUUUGCAUAUAAUUAUAUAUAUAUAAACUUAAAAAAACAUCUUUAAUUUAAAAUAUAUGUAUUGUGUAUCAGGAAUAAUAAGAAUUAUAAAUUAUGAAUUUCUCUACUAUUGUAUGCAAGUUGCCUAUUAUAUUAUACAGAUUCUGUAUAAUAUAACAGACAUUUACACAAGAUAAUAUAUUUUCCGUUUUUGUCUCUAAUGGAAAAUAAUGUAGUAUCAUAGUGUUGUAACAUUGUGGCUAAUCUCCAAUGCUUCUUGUAUAACAUAUUUAAUUUCUGAGAGGGAGAGAGAGAGAGAGAUGUGUGUAUGUGUGAGAAAAAUAAAAAUGUAAUAAAUUAGUGUAAGAAACAUUGGCAAGUAGCCAUAUUGUUACAACAUCGUGAUACCAUUUCAAAAUGAGAAUUUCAUUCUAAUUCUGUAUAAAUUCAAACAAAUGUGUAGUAUAACAGAAUCAAAACUGCAAUAUAUGUCUGAAAUAACAAACAUAGAGCAAAAUAAAUUGUAUGUUUUAUCCUCAAAUUCUUAUGUGUAUGUGCAACAUGCAGCAGCAAUUUGAAGCAAUAUUAUUCUUUAAAAAAGAAAUUACUUUGAUGAUACACAUGUGGGUUGAAGGAAUGCAUGUUAAUAGCGAUAACUUUCUCAUUUGUAUCACCACUAGUUAUAAAUGUCAAAAUUACUUAAUGAUUUGUCAAAAAUAAUUCGACCAAAUAUUACAUAGGUUAAUAACACAAGCUAGGAUGAUUAUCUUACUUACCAUCUACCUGUGAUUUUUAUAUUAUAGCUUAUAUAUGUCAUGGAAUAUUAUUAAGUAUCAUUAUCAUCAUCAAUACUUUACUACCUUACUUUUUCAUAAAAGAAGAACAUCUAAAGUGAAAAUUAGGACAAAUUUAAAGACAUAUCAUCAUACAUGAAUAAAUUAUUGUAGAGAUUUUUAAUUUGUACAUAGUCUUUAAAAACUCUAUACCAUUGUUAUGAAAAAAAUAAUAGUGUUCUUUUUUUUUCAUAAAUGUUUUGAGACUUUUAUUAAUAUUUUAAGUGAGAUAAUCAACCAUAUGUUUUCUUGUAAACUUGAUAAUGUCCAAUACUCUUUAGAAAGAGAUGCAGACAAAAUUGUAUUUAUUAGUUGAAAAUAUGUUGAAUAUCUCGUAUAUAAAUUAUUUUAUAAUAAUGGAGCUUAGCUGAGUCACACAAAGACAAUGACGCUAGACGCUUAUUUGCUCCAAAAAGAAAUUAGUAGAAAAUUAUUGAAUACAAUUAUUGAUAUGACACUAAGUGCGAUUGUAUGUAAAAGGGAUUAUGGAUAAUUAGAAAAAAUGUGUGGAAGAAUUCCAAGUACCUCGAUUACAACCUCUUUUAUUACAGCACAGCUAUACUUUAUUACUAUAUUAAGAUUAUUUAUUAUUGUAUUAUACAAAGUGUGUGAAAUAGAUGAAUAAUUUUUUUUUAUAAACUUAAUUAGGAACUGUAGAAAAUAACAUGGUAUACAAAUGUUCUACCAAAGCAAGAUUGUGUUUCUGCACACUUUUACAACUGCUUUAUAAACUGUAACAUUUAUGUAGAAUUCACUGUCCCAAAUAUUUCCACAAAAGCAACUGGAACAUGAUCCCAAAUAAUUGAGUUUGUCAAAAGCUCAGUUUAUGAAGUGUCUAUUGUAAGCUUUGUCAGUAGAAAAAUAACAAAAUUAUACAUAUCACGGAUGUAUAAUUUUGUACAAAUGCAAGAAUUCGUGCAAUUAUGUCAAUAAAACAUAAGCUUAAUGUAGACGUAACUCAUGCUAAUCUGUUACGAUGGGCCGAUAGAAACUGUGUUGCCAAAUUACUGAAAAUUGUUUAUUAUCUAGAAUUUUUCAUAAUCAGAUGAAAAUAGAAUUGAAUUGCAUGAUUUCUUAUUAGAACGUAUAAAAAUGCAGAAUUGAUAAAAGAGGUAAAAGGAAAAAAGAAAUAUAAACUCAUUCUUUUAAAUCAGAUAUCGGCCAUUCUAAUUUUAUACAAUAGUAUAAAGAUGGUAAUAAGAACUGUAUUAUAUACGUCUCUUUUUAUGUAUUAUUCAGGAUGUUACUAAAUGUUAAUUACUAUUUUUUCACAAUAGUGAUAGUGAUAUUUGCAUUGUUGUAUAUACGAAAUUGUACAUAAGACGCGUGUAUUAGUAUAUAUGUAAUUAUUAUUAUAGAAAUUCAUAUUGAAACGACUGUCCUGUUUUUACGUUUAUAUUUUAGGUAAAACGAUAAAUAAGCCUCUUGAAAUGAAUAAACAAAUUGACAGAAA